AAAAUGAGUAUCUCGUUUGAUUUGAUAUAUGCAGGUGAGCCAUUACCAAUCACAUUGCCAUUGGAAUCAACAGUAUCAGAAUUGAAAAAUUUAUUAAAGGAUUUUACAGGUGUUGAGCCAGAUCGACAAAUGUUUUUAAAUUUACCCAGCGGAGCAAAUGAAACUAGUGUUUUGGCAUCAAUGGAUUUAAAAAAUAUUGAAAUGGUCGAAGUACAGCCUAAUACAAAUGAAAGGAAUGCAAUAACCGGUAAUGAUUCAAACCAUCCAAUAACUAUAAACGACGAAGAUGAAAUUUUUUUCGAUGAGGAGAUUAGAAGAACAGUUGGUUCACAACAAUCAUAUACACAGUCACAAAAUACAACCUCCACAACACAAGAUGAAAAUGGUGUUACAACCACUACAACACAAACUAUGGAGGAUAAUAAUGGUGUUAUAACCCAUACAACAACACACAGAGUUGGAACUGGAAUACCAAGUAUUCAGACUACUGUUACAAAUAACUACGUUAGAUCACCAUAUGCCACCAAUUUUUACCCAGAGACAGAUGAAUUAUCAGUUCAAAACCUUACAGACUUUUUAGACCCACUAUCAUACCCAAAUUUUGCUGAAGUUAUGUUACAGCAAUAUUCAGUUAUUGUACCAGGUUCAUUUAGUGGUAGUUUUAAAGAUGCUUUAAAUUUUGCAAAGAAACAAGGUAAAUUAGUUUUGGCCUAUUUACACUCUGAGACUGAACCAUCUCUUCAAUUUGUUUUAGAUAUUUUAAGAAGUGACGAAGUUUCACAGUUUAUAUCCGAAAAUUUUAUAUUUUGGGUCGCCGAAAUUACACCAGAAGCAGAGUCAUUCCUCUUUUCAUUGGUACAGUUUGAAAGUUAUCCAAUUUUAGUAACUCUCAUGAAUUUAGGCGCUUCUGAAAUUUUAGAUGUUUCUCAAGGUUGUUCAGAAAAAGUUGAUUUCUAUAAUAAAUUGGUAAAUCAAGUGUUAACACAUCAUUCCGAUUUAGAAAGAGUUAGAGUUGAAGAAGAAGAGAAUGAAAAAGCUAGAAUGAUCGUUCAAGAACAAGAUGAAGCAUACAAGGAAUCAUUAAGAAUAGAUCAAGAAAAACAAAGAAAGGCAAAGGAGGAAGAACAAAGAGUUGAAAAUAAAAAACAACAAAAACUAAACAAUGCUAAUUUAGUACCACCAGAGCCAGAAAAAGGUCCAAAUUCAACACAAAUUAUUUUUAAAUUACCUGACGAUACCAAAAUCGAAAGAAGAUUUAACUCAAAUGAUAAAUUAAUUACACUUUGUCACUUUUUAGAUGGUAAAGGUAUUGAAAUUGAUAACUAUCAAUUCGCUACCAUGUACCCAAGAAAGAUUUAUAAAGAUAAGGAUCUCGAAUUAACUUUAUUGGAAUCAAACCUUCACCCGCAAUCAAUUUUAAAUGUUAGAUCAGCUGAUAAUUAA